UUAUUGAAUGGCACCUUGGAAUUGGAGAAACCCUUGUACAUCCGCAACAACCGACAGUGAUGAAUCAACACAAACACCUCCGCCUACACGAAAACGUGCACAAAAUGAUAAUACCUUAAGUGCUAUUCAAAAUAAAAGUUGCAAACAAUCUGAUAGAUGCGCUCAAAGUGACACAGGCACCGGCAACAACAGCAAUCAGAAUCAAAAAAAAAGUGCAACACCCAUUUUAUUUUCCACAAACCGGGGAUUGUAUUUACGUGUUCCUAAGUCUAUGUCUAGGUCCUGUAUAACUACCGGAGAAUGCAUACACGGAGGUGGAACGUGUACUCGAAAUCCUACGCAAGACAUGACAGAUGGUACUUUAGUUAGUAAUGGUGGUUCUGACUUUUCUUUGCCUUCCAAAGGUGCCUACGAAACACACUUUUGUGAUUUGGAGCGUUGGAGUACGAAACGUGCCAACACUAUCUGCCUAGAGGAUACCUUCAUAGUGUCGCAACAUAAUAAUCUACAUAGUCUAAUUGAACCGCCGGGGGAGAAAAACAAUGUUUUCACCAAUAAAAUUCAACGUAGCGGAAGCAUAUUUUGCGUACCUAGCGGCAGUCGGCACGCACUGGUAAUACCGCAUAGAAGUCUCUACCAACGAAGCACAAGCAUUCAAAGUACUUUUGAACGCUUCGGUGUGCAAUAAAUUUGUAUUGAUAUAAGUUAAUCUAAUUAGGCUUUCAGAUAUCUAUAGUGAAUAUGAUUUAUAAGAAUCACGUUAUAUUUAAUAUAUUUUUCUAUAGCAACAAAGUUUUUAAAUAAAGUAUUUAUCUACAGAUAUUAAAACAAAAU